AUGUCCAGCUGUGGUCUUGAUAAUAAACCAGGAGAUCUGGAAGCAUACAGUGAAGUCUUAGAGGCUGGUAUUAAAGGAACUUCAGAAUCACUUAAAGGUGUGAAACGGAAAAAGAUUGUAACUGAGAAUCACCUGAAAAAAAUACCUAAAUCUCCACUGAGGAAUCCUCUUCAGGCAAAACAUAAACAAAAUACAGAAGAAUCAUCUUUCACUGCUCUUCAGAGUGCUUCCGAGUCUCACAAGAAACGGAACCAUAUUCCUGUAAAAAAUGGGAAGCAGUUUUCUAAACAAAAUGGAGAAACACCAGGAAUAAUUGCUGAAGCCUCUAAAUCUGAAGAACUCAUCUCCCCAAAGAAGCCCUUGUUUGUGCAGCAUCCAUCUGAACUGCGCAGAUGGAGGUCAGAAGGUGCCGCUGCCACCAAGUUAAACUUCCUAGAUGAAAAAUGUGACUUUAAUUCUUUGUCAUGUAAAAGCAGGACUGACAAUAGUGAAUGUAUCUCUUCUAAUUGUAGUACUACUUCCUCCUCAUAUACCAAUACCGCAUUUGAUGUCUUAUUGAAAGCAAUGGAGCCAGAACUGAGCACCUUGUCACAAAAGGGCUCAUCUUGUGCAAUUAAGAUAGAAAAACUGAGACCAAAUAAAACUGUACAUUCACCCACUAAAUUAAAAAACAGUCCAGUGGAUGCUCCUAGUCAGACUUCACAAGAAUUUGUUACUGAGUUGCAGUCCUCUCCUUGUACCUCAUACACAGUGCAUGUGUCUGCCACUGAGAAGAACGAGCAAGCAGCAGUGCAGUCAGUGUCUCAUUCAUAUAACCCACAUGAACAUUUUGUUUCUAAAUCUACCCAAGCCAGUCAACAGCUUCCAGGGUGUCCAGGUUUCACAAGAUCACUGACCAAUCUGCAUUCUCAUGAGAACACCAAACUUGAACAAGUUUAUAGUAUAGCAGUUCCAUCAUCAUUAAGUCUAACUUCACUUUCCAGUAGAACUCAGGUUAUCCCACAAAACCAGCAAAUGGAUUCUGCUCCACCUAUAUCAUUAAGUCCAACAAAGUCCACACAGUCCCCCUCCACACCAGUUUAUAAUUCAACUCCUGUCACCUCUGUUGUUAAUCACAGCAUAGAGCAAAUGUGCAAUCUUCUUCUGAAAGAUCAGAAGCCAAAAAAGCAAGGAAAAUAUAUUUGUGAGUAUUGCAAUAGAGCUUGUGCAAAACCUAGCGUGCUUUUAAAGCAUAUCCGCUCCCAUACAGGAGAGCGACCCUAUCCCUGUGUGACUUGUGGAUUUUCAUUUAAGACUAAAAGUAAUCUAUAUAAGCACAAAAAGUCCCAUGCACAUACUAUCAAACUGGGGCUUGUCUUACAGCCAGAUUCAAGUGGUUUGUUUGUAUCACAUGAGUCCCCUAAAGCACUUAGUGUCCACUCAGACAUAGAAGAUAGUGGUGAGAGUGACGAUGAGGGCACAACUGAUGAAAAACACGAUGACCCGGGCCCCAUGGAACUGCAGUCUGUACAAAUGAUGAAAAUUGUAUCCCAUCCUGAAGCCUCAUCAAAAUCAAGUUCCAUUUCAAGUAAUGCAGAUCAUGUAGAAGGUGACUUUUCACGACAGGAAAUGUCUCCUGAAUCACAAACUCUGACUGAAUUACCAAAAGUUGUAGUCCAUCCUGUCAAUGUGACCUCUGUAAGAACUGAUAGUCCAAAGGCAACAGAGUCCAUGCCUGAACUUUCCGGUGCACAGAAGCAGAGGGACCUCCCUAUAACAAAGCUAUUGUCAAAUUCAGCAUACGUGCCCUCCUUAGAGACAGAUGCAAAGUCCCCUCAGAAAAGGGACAUGAGUCACUCAGAACGAAAACAAGAAUCUCACAUAGGAACAGUACAUGCCCAACUACAAAGGCAGCAGGCUACUGAUUACUCCCAAGAGCAGCAAGGAAAACUUCUGAGUCCUCGAAGUUUAGGAAGUACAGAUUCUGGUUACUUCUCACGUUCUGAAAGUGCUGAUCAAGCAGUGAGUCCACCGACUCCCUUUGCCAGAACUUUACCCACCACAGAACAAGACUCAAAUAAGAAUAAUGGACCCUCUGCAUCUCGUAGCAAUAUACCAGCUCCUCCUGCUUUACCAACAGGUGCAAAAGCAUUGCUUUUACCAGGCCAGAUGCGCCCACCUUUGGCAACAAAAACCCUUGAAGAACGGAUAUCAAAGCUUAUCUCAGACAAUGAAGCCCUGGUUGAUGAUAAGCAACUGGAUAGUGUAAAGCCACGUAGAACGUCUCUCUCAAGACGAGGAAGUAUCGAUUCUCCCAAAUCAUAUAUAUUUAAAGACUCUUUCCAGUUUGAUUUAAAGCCAAUGGGACGGAGGACAAGCUCAAGCUCAGAUAUACCAAAGUCCCCUUUUACCCCAACUGAGAAAUCGAAACAAGUUUUCCUUUUGUCUGUACCUUCCCUUGACUGUUUACCCAUUACUAGAAGUAAUUCUAUGCCUACCACAGGUUAUUCAGCAGUACCUGCAAAUAUAAUACCUCCCCCUCAUCCACUACGAGGAAGUCAGUCAUUUGAUGACAAAAUUGGCUCUUUCUAUGAUGAUGUCUUUGUAUCAGGACCCAACACUUCCGUGCCACAAAGUGGACAUCCCCGUACGCUUGUCAGACAAGCAGCAAUAGAAGACUCUUCAACAAAUGAAAAUCAUGUUCUUUGUACUGGGCAGUCUGUGGAUGAAAACCAUCAAGGAUGUAAUACCUCUGGUGAAACUGUAUCAGCAAGGAACAAGGCACUUGCGCAAGGAUCAAAUUUAGAGAAAAAGAAAUCUCAUCAAGGGCGAGGAACAAUGUUUGAAUGUGAAACCUGUAGAAAUAGGUAUCGAAAACUGGAAAAUUUUGAAAACCAUAAGAAAUUUUACUGUUCAGAGUUACAUGGACCAAAAACAAAGGUGGCUAUAAGAGAACCAGAACAUAGUACCAUGCCCAGUAGUACACACCCUCAGAUUCUGCACUACAGAGUAGCUGCUUCCACAGGUGUCUGGGAACAGACACCCCAGAUAAGAAAAAGGAGGAAAAUGAAAAGUGUUGGUGAUGAUGAUGAGCUUCAGCAGAAUGAAAGUGGAGCAUCUCCAAAGAGCUCAGAAGGUCUUCAGCUUCAGAAUACUGUAGGCUCUACUUCCAUUUUGUCCAAACUUAAUGUUGCCAUAGCAAGUGACCAACAGCAGAGAAAUACCCAGUUGCAAAACUCACAAAUUCAGCUUGUUGCCAGAGGAACCGAUCAGACCAUUGAUCCAAAGCUGGCAACCAUUGUGGAACAACAGAUAAGUUCAGCUGCCCAGGAAAAGAUAGAGUUGAAAAGACAUGGAACUGGAAUCUCAGUCAUACAACAUACAAAUGCACUGAGCAGACCCAAUUCAUUUGACAAGCUUGAGUCUUUUGAAAGAGUUUCCCCGGUUUCCUUCCAGGAGCUGACUAGGAUGGUGAAAGCUGGGUCUCUGAAAGCAGUGGGAAUUUCUCAAGAGGAAGGCCACCCUUCUAGGAACACCUCUUAUCCUCACCAGCCUCCAUUAUCAGAUACUCUUAGAGAACUUCCAGAAAGUUCAAGAAAGAUUUCAAGUGAAAGAAAUGUGUUAGGACAGCCCUCAAGACUCGUCCGACAGCACAACAUCCAAGUCCCAGAAAUUCUGGUUACAGAAGAGCCAGAUCGGGACCCUGAAGCCCAAGGCUAUGAUCAGGAAAAAUCAGAAAAGUUCAGUUGGCCUCAGCGUAGUGAAACCUUGUCCAAAUUGCCAACAGAGAAACUGCCACCAAAAAAGAAAAGGCUUCGUCUGGCUGAGAUUGAGCAUUCCUCAACAGAGUCAAGUUUUGAUUCCACUCUGUCCAGGAGUCUAAGUCGAGAGAGUAGUUUAUCACAUACUUCAAGUUUCUCUGCUUCGCUGGACAUAGAGGACAUUUCUAAAACUGAGUCUUCUUUCAAAAUCGAUAUUCCAAAUAAAGCAGAAUUUCUGGUGAUUCCAGCAGGCUCAAAUACACUUAAUGUUCCUGGAGCUCACCAAGAAAUGCGACGAGCAGCAUCAGAACAGAUUAAUUGCAUUCAGACAUCGAUGGAGGUCUCUGAUUUCAGAAGCAAGUCAUUCAACUGUGGAAGCAUAACUCCAUCCCAAGCGAUUGAUCUGCAACCUCCAACAUCCCCCUCUGGCAUGGGCGUUACCAGGCAUGUGCCACUCUUAGAGAGAAGAAGAGGCCCACUGAUACGGCAGAUAUCUUUAAAUAUAGCUCCAGAUAGUCAUGUGCCUGCUGGGAACCCAUCGUCCUUCCCAACUAUUGGUCCUCCAAUGGUGAAUCCAGUUCCAUUCCAGGGGCCUCAGAUCACUAAUACAUCAUUAGUUGAGUUUCCUGCAAAUGCUUUGCAUCCCCAGACCAAAGUUAAGGAUCUGCAAGCAGAAACUUCAAAGCCCAACUCCACUAAUGUUUUUCCUGUUCAACAGCUUUUUGAUCUCAAUUUGUUAAAUCAAAUCCAUGCAUUUCCUAACCACCAUAAUGCACAGAUGUCUCUGAAAAUGGCUACACAGACUGACAAACCAGAUAAGAGUCCCACCUUGUGUACAUUUUCUAAAAGUGAGGAUUGCUUUGCUCCCAAGUACCAACUUCAGUUUCAGGUUUUAACUUCAAGCCAGUCUCAUUCUUCUAAUCCUGUACAUCCUUUGCCAAACCAAGUUCUUUCAGAUCCAGCAGGUGCAGACCAUUGUGUGACUUCAUUAGUAUUACCAACCAAAUUGGUAGAUAAUAUGUCUGAUUCAUGUGCUCUGCCGCCACCAAAGCUCGGGCCACUCGCUGGUCAGGUACAGAAAGCUUCAUCAUCAUUCACGGUACCCGUGCGUCUUCAGAGUAAUGUACCAGCCUACUCCUUCCCUUCAGUCACAUCUCUGCCACAAAUUCUAGUGACCCAGGAUCUAUCAAAUCAACCAGUUUACCAGGCUAAUAAUACUGUAGUGCCAAUCAGUGAAGAACAAAAUUCUGUGCCAAAAUUGCAAAAAGAUCACCAGAACAUUUUGCCAAACCCAGAGAAAGAACUUGAUUGUGAAAAAGUUUUUUCAGAGCUGUGCCAAAAGCCGUCCCUGCUGGAAUCCUUGCCUAUAACUCAGAAAAUGUCUGUUGGUAGACUUUCCCCUCAACAGGAAUCUUCAGCUUCAAGUAAAAGGAUGCUUUCCCCAGCAAACAGUUUAGACAUUGCCAUGGAAAAGCACCAAAAGCGAGCUAAAGAUGAAAAUGGAGCUGUUUGCACGACUGAUGUUAGACCAUCGGAACAACUGAGUUCAAGAGCUAAUGAAGUGAAUAAACAGAAGAAACCUGUCUUAGUUAGGCAGGUGUGUACUACAGAACCCCUUGAAAGUGUGAUACUGGAACAGGAUGUUUUCUCACAACCUGAAAUUAGUAGUGAGGCUGUUAAUUUGACUAAUAUUUUACCAACUGAUAGUUCUCCAUCAGUCCUUUCUAAGUCUGGAGUUACAGAACCUGUAAGUGAAUUGCAAGAAUUUGAAAACAUCAAGUCUUCCAUAUCGCUAACUCUUACAGUUAGAAAUUCACCGGUCCCUUCAGAAAACACUCACAUUUCUCCUUUGAAGAGUAUAGACAAUAACCAGGAAAGAAAGUCGCCACCAAUGAUUAAGAUUCAAGAUGGCAACAUCCAAGAAAUUAAAUCAGCAAGCACUCUUUCAGUAUUGAGUGCAGGAGAUACGCAACCACGGUCGUUUCCUAGUAAGACCACAACGAGUUUUACGUGGUGUUAUCUACUAAGACAGAAGUCACUGCAUUUGCCUCAGAAUGACCAGAAGACUUCAGCGUAUACUGACUGGACAGUAAGCGCCAGUAAUCCAAAUCCACUUGGUUUGCCCACAAAAGUUGCUCUUUCUCUCCUUAAUUCAAAACAGAAGACUGGGAAGUCACUUUAUUGUCAAGCAAUAGCUACUCAUUCCAAAUUAGAUCUAUUGGUCUACUCCAGCAAGUGGAAAAGCAGCUUAAGCAAGAGAGCAUUAGGUAAUCAAAAGUCCACAGUAGGUGAAUUCAGCAAUAAAGAUGCCUCUGAAAUUAACAGUGAGCAAGAUAAAGAAAAUUCCUUAAUCAAAAGUGAACCAAGAAGAAUUAAAAUAUUUGAUGGAGGAUAUAAAUCAAAUGAAGAGUAUGUAUAUGUCCGAGGCAGGGGAAGAGGAAAGUACAUUUGUGAAGAAUGUGGAAUACGUUGUAAGAAACCUAGCAUGUUAAAGAAACACAUACGAACCCAUACUGAUGUCCGCCCCUACCACUGCACUUACUGUAACUUCUCCUUUAAGACUAAAGGAAAUCUGACAAAACACAUGAAGUCCAAGGCACAUAGCAAGAAAUGUGUGGAUUUAGGCGUCUCAGUAGGUUUAAUAGAUGAACAAGAUACAGAAGAAUCAGAUGAGAAGCAAAGAUUCAGUUAUGAGAGGUCAGGCUAUGAUAUUGAAGACUCGGAUGGCCCUGAUGAGGACGACAAUGAGAAUGAAGAUGAUGAUGAUGAUAGCCAGGCUGAGUCUGUCCUGUCCGCAGCCCCCUCAGUUGCAGCUAGCCCACAGCACCUGCCAUCCAGAAGUAGCCUGCAGGACUCCAUGAGUGCAGAUGAAGAGACCAGAAUCCCUGAUUGCUUUUCUGGGGCACAUGCAGACCCCAUGGACGUUCUACCAAGAGCACUGCUCACCAAGAUGACAGUACUUAGCACGGUACAUUCAGACCAUGGGCAGAAGACACGGUCUCCUGGGAGCACCAGACUACAUGUUACAGUAGAUGAAAAUGAGCCGAUCACUUGUGUAGACUCUUCGAGGUCCCUGGAAGCUACACCAAGAUCCCCAUGUCAUCAGAUGUCUGUGGACUGUUCGGAAGCAGAAGUUGUCCUGAGGAGCUCUGUGUCAGGAAAUGCUGUUGCUUUAACACAGAACACAUCUUCUGUGAGACUUCCUCCUCUUGCAUUGGAGCUCAGCUCUCAGCCAGCCAUGGUGGUUUCCUCAGUGGCCUUGCCUCAUCCUGACAUUCAAGAACAGAAGCAACAAAUAAGUGUACACCCGACUCCAGGCUUGCCUUCUCCCCAGACUCAUUUAUUUAGCCACCUUCCUUUGCAUUCCCAACAGCAAUCAAAGACACCUUACAAUAUGGUUCCAGUUGGGGGGAUCCAUGUGGUACCUGCUGGCCUCACAUAUUCUGCAUUUGUACCAAUUCAACCAGGAUCAAUGCAGCUCACAAUUCCUGCCGUCAGUGUAAUCCACCGAACUGUGGGCACCCCCGGGGAUGCUAUCACAGAAGUUUCUAGCACUACAAAUCCCACUGGAGUGGCUGAACUAAGCAGUGUUGUGCCAUGUAUUCCCAUUGGCCAAAUUCAGGUGCCGGGCCUUCAGAACCUCAGCACACCAAGUUUGCCCUCACUCCCCUCACUCAGCAUGGAAACUGUCAAUAUCUUAGGCCUAGCCAACACAAACAUUGCCCCACAAGUGCAUCCACCAGGCCUAGCUCUGAAUGCUGUUGGCCUGCAGGUUUUAACUGCAAACCCUUCCUCACAAAGCAGCCCCAGCACUCAGGCACACAUUCCAAGUCUCCAGAUCGUGAACAUUGCGUUGCCUACUCUGAUUCCCUCAGUGGGUCAAGUGACUGUUGAUGCCCAGGGAACUUCGGAAGGACCAGUGCCCCAGAACCAAGCAUGUGAGAGACAACCCAAGCCAACUCCAGCAGCCAGUGCAAAUCAGGUCAGCAGGGCCGAAUCUCCUCAGGGGUCACCUAAAGUCCUGCGGGAAAAUGCAAAAAAAUUACUCAAUUCGUCUGCCCCUGCCGGUGACCUCGAAAGGCUGGAUGGUGCAAGUGAAGUGGCCACUGUGAAGGCUGCCUCAGUCAAUCAUGUCACGCCAAAGCAUGAACUCCCCUCCACGCAGGCUGAGCAGGUGUCCACAUCUGAUGUUCUGCUAGAAUUGCAUCUGGAAGGGUCCACCAAGCCUGUGGGUGUCCACACCCUCUCUCCACACCGACGGGCUCACCGGCCCACAGGCCCACCCCGAAGGCAGGCCAUUGUGCAGUUCAGUGAUGUGAGCAGUGACGAUGACGAUGAGGACCGGCUUGUCAUAGCGACCUAG